GGAUUUCUAUCGUCACUGUUUUACUCUCGUCCUUUUCCUAAUCUUUGUCUUUUUCUUGUUCAAAAACCUCCAUUAUAGUUUUUUUCUGCUUUUCUCAUCACUGCUGUUAUGUUCAGCUCUGACUGUUGCAUCUUGUCUCUCCUGUCCAAAUGUUUCUUCUUGUCUCUUUCCUUAAUUCGCUGCCUCGUUAUUCUUUUGUUUUCUCCCAUGUUUCCAGCCUCACACUACCUUGUUUCACCUCUUCAACUGCAAGUAGUACUCAUCUCCUGUUUUCUCUUCUUAAAUUUAUCAUCCUUUUCGUCCUUCCUCUUUCACUCAUCCCCAUCACUGACCCAAUUAAGCUCGAGAGGGACACAGAGAGUAGCGGAGUGACGGAGCCGAGGCACGGAGUAGAGAGAGUUUCAGAGUCAGAAUCUGCAAAAUCAGAGAGUCUGAAAACAAUUGCCACCAACCUGUCAGGACCCACACAGUGAACGGUCCAAACUUCACCUGGAAGCUAAACAACCUCUGACAGGCUGCUGGAGGCGGAGGAGGGAGUCCACAUCCCCACCGGCUUUUUCUUUCUGCUCUGGAAAAGAAGAAACGAGGAGAAUAAUAAUCUAUUUUCAGUGAAAAAUAAAGAGGGUGGGGAUCCGUGCAGAGUUAUGAUGGCUGGACACGGCACGUAGAGGAGGACUGAGAAACAAGGACAGCACAUUCCUUUUUGGAACCUAUUUGUUGGGGGGGGUGUCCGAAGGUGGUCUUCACCCCCCGCAAGGCAAGAGUAAGAUUUGUGUGAACAGGAAAGGAGGAAAGGAUGCAUCUGUUCUUCCGAGACAAGUGGGAGGUGGAGGGGCUGCAGACUGUGGGCAUCCUCCUGGUGGUCUGCAGCUCCCUCAAACUGAUGCACUUUCUGGGGCUUAUCGACAUCUCUGUGGCAGACAGUAUUGAAGAUGACUUUGAGUUGUCUACUGUGUGCCAUCGCCCUGAGAGCAUGGACAAGCUGGAAGAGCAGACAAAGUUCACCAAGAAGGAGUUGCAGGUCCUCUACAGGGGCUUCAAAAAUGAGUGUCCGAGUGGAGUGGUGAAUGAGGAGAACUUUAAAAACAUUUACUCCCAGUUCUUUCCUCAGGGAGAUUCGAGUAUGUAUGCACAUUUCCUGUUUGAAGCCUUCGACACCAACAAGAAUGGCUCCGUUAGUUUUGAGGACUUUGUUUUUGGUCUGUCCAUCAUCUUGAGAGGGACGAUUAAUGACCGGCUAAACUGGGCUUUUAACCUAUAUGACCUGAAUAAGGAUGGCUGCAUUACCAAAGAGGAAAUGCUGGACAUCAUGAAGUCUAUCUAUGACAUGAUGGGAAAAUACACGUACCCCACUAUGAUGGACGAUGCUCCAAGAGAACACGUGGAGAGCUUCUUCCAGAAAAUGGACCAGAAUAGAGAUGGGGUGGUCACCAUAGAUGAAUUUAUUGAUUCAUGUAAAAAGGAUGAGAACAUCAUGCAGUCCAUGGAGCUGUUUGACAAUGUCAUCUAAGGAUCUGGACCAGUGAGGAUACUGGCACCAGGGAGGGGAGUGGUGUUGGCGGAAAAGGCAUCAGGACUGAAGAGAUAGAACGAGUUUGUGAAUGUUUGUGUGUCUGUGUGUGUGGCUGAGUGGGAUACAGGCCUGAGCUUGUGUCGUCACUGAGAACUGUGAAUCCUUUGGGCGCAGAGAGACCAUCACCCUCCUCCUGGACUUCUAGUGGCAUUUCUUCCAGCAAUGAUGGAGUUUCCAUGACUCCCAGGCUAAUCAUAAAGAACCUUAAUUAGUUUUAUCCUUGAGCACAGACAAAGAAUGCUUGCAGUGGGCUUACAGCAACUAGCACACCCCCAGCUGUUUUAUUUGAACUUUUAUUUAUUACUGUCUAGCGGGUCAGUUAUCACAGCCUGCAAAGGCUGGACUCAGCUGGAUCAAGUUUCCUUUAAAACCUUGAUCUGAAAUAACUUUCUCCCUUUGCCCUAAUAUGCUCGAUAUUUGGAUUUGUGAUUCUGAUCUUGCCUCUGUUGCGCGCCGUGCGGGAACACGUCCCAGGAGCCGAGAGGAAACAUAGAUAUGAGUCUGUGACCACCUGGUGGACAUGACAGAGAAAGACACUUCCUAAUGGAGCGACCAACAAAUUGAAGAUCCCAGAGAGCCGAGAUGAAAGCUAAACAAAAGUGUUGUUUUCCAAGAGAAACUGACUUCAGUAUCGCAUGAUGAUGUCACUAAUAUCUAAUUACAUAUUUAAAGAGAUACUCCAAAGUCUGCUCGUCUGUCUGCUGUUCCUAGUCAUUCACAGGUGCCUCACCCUCUGUGUGUGUGUGCGUGUGUGUGCAUGUGUAUCAGGAAGACAUGCUGUCUGUCUUACAGAUGAGUCCCCGCAGUGGGUCGGCACCCAUGUUUAUUCAUGGGUUAGACCAGGGGUGGGCAAUCCUGGUCCUUGAGGGCCGGUGUCCUGCAACUCUUGGAUAUCUCCUGGUCCAACACA